ACUGGUCUGCACAUAGACUGAAGAAACGUCCUCAGGAAGAGAGUCCAUCAAGAGAACUUGAUUUGGUUCGUUAUGACAUGAGAGACUUGAAGAAAGCUCCAAAGCCAGCCCUCUAUCUCGGAUUAUCUGGUCUUGUACCUUUUGUAUCCGCUCCUCUACUUAUGGCUGUCACAGAGCUGUAUCUUCCUGAAGCUGCAUUUGCCCAAGUUGCAUACGGAGCGUCCAUUGUUUCCUUUCUUGGUGGAGUACGCUGGGGUUUCACCUUGCCUGCCGGGAGCCCAGCAAAACCUGACUGGCUCAAUUUAGCCAACAGUGUGGUUCCUUCUCUGAUUGCCUGGACAGCACUGCUUUUUUGCCAUGACAUUACACAGUCUGCUGUGCUUGUGAUAAUGGGGCUUGGGAUAGCAUUGCAUUAUGACCUGUCCCUCCUGCCCACAUAUCCUAGCUGGUUUAAAGCCCUGAGGACCAUCCUCACAGUUGUAGCCUUUUUCUCUUUGAUGGGCACUAUUGUCAUUAAGCAGUAUUAUCCUGAGAAGAAGUAUUUCAAUGAUAAAUGAACUGUGCAUUUGCAUCGUCAAUUCAUUCAUAUGAAAUAAGUUAAGUGUCAUCAUUGAUAAUAUUACACCAUAUUCUACAUGUUUGAAGGUGAUUCUGGCUAUUUUUCAGUUUUAAAUUCUGAUAACAUUUGCUUCCUUUUUUAUAAAAUUAUUUCGUUUCCUGUUAUUGGCCAUACAGAUAAAAUAGUUUUUCUCACUUUUAAUAUGAAUUCACAAAUACUGUAUCAGUUAGAUUGUUUGAAGUAAAAUACUGCAAAAUAAAAACACCACAGUACUAGAAAUGUUCA